GUGAAGUGACAUUUGCUAGUAUAAAUGCGCCAUUUGUAUUGAUCCGAUAUUUUCAUUUCCUUUGAAGAAAAUACGAUAUGGAGAGCGUGACUUAAAAUGGCGCUGUUUCGACUUUUGCUUUACUUGCCAGUAGCAUUCCUUGCCGUUUCGAUAUGCAGGGCGGCUACCAUCCAGACUUUCCUAGACACAUUGCUGAAGGGCUACGACAAAAGAAUCAAACCCGAUGCCGGCAAGACAACGUACGUUUCACUCGACAUGUUUGUGCAAGACUUCAGUCGGAUAGACACCAAUACAAUGGAUUACCAUGUGAGCGUGUUCUUCCGUCAGCGCUGGCGAGAUUCCCGGCUAGCCUACACUGCCUACACCACGCCCUUAACGCUGGGAUUUGCCCGGGUCGGUGAGAUAUGGGUUCCCGACUCAUUUUUCAACAACGAAAAGACGGGGAUCCAACAUGCUGUGACGGUCCCCAACAAGUUACUUAGGAUCUAUCCGGAUGGGGAAGUGCUCUACAGUCAAAGGGUGACUCUCAAACUCGCCUGUGUGAUGGAUUUGACCUUUUAUCCGAUGGAUGCUCAGAAAUGUAGGAUAAAUGUUGAAACAUAUGGGUACACAAGUAAUGAGAUGAUGUACGUGUGGUACAAGAAUUCCGACGAUGCUGUCCAGUUCUAUGAAAACAUCACGUUACCAGAAUAUGCCGUCCACGUCGAUAAGAUUAAACGAGACAACUGCACGGUAGAAUACAUUACAGGAACCUACAGCUGCCUAUCCGUAGAGUUCUACAUCAAGAGAGAGAUCGCCUUCUUCGUCACACAGACAUUCAUCCCGAGUAUCCUCAUUGUCUUCCUCUCCUUCGUCUCCUUCUGCAUCGAUGUGAGGGCCGUGCCUGCAAGGGUCUUCAUUGGCCUCAUCACCAUUCUAACCAUCACCACAAUGAACUCUGGCAUCACCAAACACCUGCCAAAGGUGUCCUACACCAAAGCCAUUGAUGUAUGGAUGGCAGUGUGUCUCGUAUUCGUGUUCAUGGCCCUGGUAGAGUUCUCCUUCGCCAAUCACAGGGCCCGGCAAGAGGACCAGGAAAAGGCACAGAAAAAGGAGCAGGAGCUGAAACAGAAAACGGUCGGAGUGCUUCUAGGCAAGAUAAAACCAAAGGCCGCCACUGUGACAGACGAUGUAACUGACCCUGGCGAGGUCAAAUUUCACCCGGAGACAGGAGGGCAGCAAGAUGGUGUUCAAAGAUAUUGGACAUCACAACGCAUUGAAGACCUCGCAAAAUGGCUCUUUCCGUUGUGUUUCAUUAUUUUCAACGUGAUUUAUUGGUUAUUUUAUGGACUAUCAUCGCACUUCCAAUAAAAAGUGUGCUUAAAGGCGAAUGUUAAACGAAAAGGCAGUAAAUAUUUCUUCAAAUCACAGAUCAACCGCGCUCUUCCACCCUCAUAAGUGUAUACAGUCCAUUGAAAAAUCACUUUUUGAUCAAAUACCAUUGAUCAAUUUUGGAUUAUUCUUUGGGGAACCUCGCAACAGAACCAAUAUCGAGAGGAUAUAGUACCAGUUUCAUAGCACUCUGAAGAAUUAUGCCCAUAUGGGCAAUCAUUUUAAAAUGUUGGCUUUGAUAAGUUAUUAUACCUGGACUCCUUAAUAGUGAAAAGCCGGGUCGACCAGAUGAUGGCUGAAAUCUUUUAAACCACUGUUUGUGCUGUGUGUUAGUUUAUGGCGACACAUGUGACCUGGAGAUAUUAUCACCCUGGAGAAUCUAUAUAUUCUGUGAGAGACAUCAACACUGACAGCCCGGUUAAUACAAGCGAUGACAACAAUUUUUAUCCUAUGUCCAGUGUCAUUAAUCAAAAAAGUCAUUUUGCUGUAAAUAUUCUACUUGCCUUAUACUGUGCAACAAAAUGUCUUUGUAAUUUUUUCCGUGGAUAAUAAAUUUAUUUCUCAAAACAA